UGCAAUAUAUAAGGAAGUGAUUUACCUCUGACACAACAGACUGUUUGGAGCUGAGAAUCACAACAUAGAAUCCUGCAAUAUGAGACUCUUAGUGGCUUUCAUGUGCUUACUGGCCGGCUGCCUGGCUCAGAAGCCUCAACCAUGCGCAAGUCCUGCUCUUCUGACUGGGGCCUUCACUGUGGCCACACAGAAUGAGAAGCUGUGGAUAUACUGCACGUACGAGUAUGAUGCACUGGGACAACGAAUACGGCUCAGGCAACAGGGAACUUACCAGACUAAGCCAUUCACCAAUGAUUUUCUUCUGCUCUUUAGAGAGGGUGCCGUGUAUCAAAUUUUCGACACUAACCGCACAUGCAUCAAAAGUGCUUUGAAGGACAAAUUCCAUCCCAUGGAAAUCCCAAAAAAUGCGUCUCUGCUGGGCCAGGCUGUUGUGGGCAGCUCAUCUGCACCUGGACAAGGACUGCUGGUCAACACCUGGACAGGAGAUAUGCCUGACAAAAAAGGAAAGUACAUGACCACCUUCACUGAAUUUGGAUGCAUUCCCGUCAGUAAUUCAUAUCAAACUGAUGAAUAUGGAUGGGUGGUGAGUAACUUCUUUAACAACGUCAUUGGGAUUGUGGAUCCUAGUCAGCUCAACCUUCCAGACUUCUGCGUGGACAAAGUGAUGAAGACUGAUGGGGAGCCACUAACCUUCCUCAGUUUGUUCCAUAACUUGCCUUGAGCCGCCCUCUUUAACCAAUGUCUCUAACUUUGUUUAAGAUUUUUAAUAAAGCAAUUAAAGCUACUAAAUCAAAA